AUGGCUCUCACUUGUUCUGAUAUCUUUAAAUUCUUUUUCGCUGUCGUUCUUCCUCCUCUUGGUGUCUUUUUGGAAAGAGGCUGUACUUGUGAUCUGCUGAUUAACAUUGGUUUAACCUGUCUUGGAUAUAUUCCUGGUAUCAUUCAUGCGUUUUACAUUAUACUAAAAUACUAA